GGUUGCACAACACCCCAUAUCCAACAAUUAAAAAAGAUAUUAUCACGUUAGAGAGAGAGAGAGAGAGAGAGUUGAUGAAAAUGGCGAAGUUAAUGUGUUUGUUAUUGGUUUGUGUCAUGAGUUUGAAAGCAGCAAGUGCCCAAAGUGCAAGCAACGUUAGAGCCACGUACCAUAUCUACAACCCAGAGAAGAUUAACUGGGACUUGAAAGCAGCAAGUGCUUAUUGCUCCACUUGGGAUGCUAACAAGCCUUUGGAAUGGCGUCGCAAGUUUGGAUGGACUGCGUUUUGCGGACCUGUUGGGCCUCGUGGACAAACUUCUUGUGGCAAGUGCUUAACGGUGACAAAUGUGAGGACAGGGACACAGGCGAAGGUGAGAAUUGUGGAUCAGUGCAGCAAUGGAGGCCUGGAUUUGGACCAGGGUGUGUUUAAACGACUGGACACUGAUGGGCAAGGACAUGCACAAGGCCACCUUAGGGUCAACUACCAGUUUGUCAACUGUGGCGAUUAAAUCUCACAUGUGACAAAUGUGAGGACAGGGGCACAGGCGACAAAUGUGAGGACAGGGGCACAGGCGACGGUGAGAACUGUAGAUGAGUCAGUGUAGCACUGGAGGCCUAGCUUUGGGUGACGGUGUGUUUAAACGACUGGACACUGAUGGGAAAGGCUCUGGCCAAGGCCAACUUAUAGUCAACUGUGGCGAUUAAAUCAUCUCAUGUAAUUAUCGUAAUUAAUUACAGUCGUAAAAUAUAGUGAAGCUAAUAUCUGGAA